AUGGGAUUGGGACCUAUGGUUUGGAGAAGUGAGGAUUUGGGUGAGACAUUUGUUAACACGGAGAUGAUUGGUACUGCUUCUGGUAAUGAAAACCAUUAUUUGGUAACACAAAGGCCUGGUCAUGAGUUUGAGGUGUACAAGUUGGUGAUAGACCCAACUUAUGUUGAAGUGGUUGAAUGUGACAAUUUGAAUGGCUAUAAUUUAUACACUUCUAAUGGGGGAACUGGAUUUAUCAAUGCAGCUGGCCAAUUUGAGAGCGCAAACGUGUCAUCAAUUUGGAGUCACGAUUGCAUAAAAUUUAAAGGUGAUGGUCAGAUACAUGGCUUCACACCUGGCUGA